AGCCAGCAAAAGCAAUGAGUGAAGCAAACCGCUCUGUGGUAUCUGAGUUUGUCUUCCUGGGACUCUCUAACUCAUGGACAACCCAGCUCUUCCUCUUCCUCUUUUCCUGUAUGUUCUAUUUGGCAAAUUUGUUUGGAAAUUUUCUCAUUGUUCUAACUGUGACAUCAGACUCCCAUUUACAGUCCCCUAUGUACUUCCUCUUAGCCAAUCUUUCCUUUCUCGACUUGAUAUUUAGCUCCUCCACAGCACCAAAAAUGAUUUAUGACCUUUUCAGAAGGCACAAAACCAUCUCUUUUGGGGGCUGUAUCACUCAGAUCUUCCUAAUCCAUGCAGUUGGAGGCACGGAGAUGGUGCUGCUCAUAGCCAUGGCUUUUGACCGCUAUGUUGCCAUAUGUAAGCCUCUGCACUACUUGACUAUCAUGAGUCCACAAAAGUGCAUUUUGGUUUUAGUUGCUUCUUGGAUUAUUGGCUUUAUCCACUCAGUGACUCAGUUGAUUUUUGUCAUAGAUUUACCCUUCUGUGGCCCUAAUGAACUAGACAGCUUUUUCUGUGACCUCCCUCGGUUUAUUAAACUGGCUUGUAUAGACACAUACACCUUGGGAUUCAUGGUUACUGCAAAUAGUGGGUUCAUUUCUGUGGCUUCCUUUUUAAUUCUGAUCAUCUCUUACGUGUUUAUUUUGGUGACAGUUCAAAAGAAAUCUUUGGGUAGUUUGUCUAAGGCCCUUUCCACUCUGUCAGCUCAUGUCAUGGUGGUCAUUUUGUUCUUUGGACCAUUAAUCUUCUUCUACAUGUGGCCAUUUCCAAUAUCACAUCUGGAUAAAUUUCUUGCACUCUUUGAUGCAGUUAUUACUCCUUUUCUAAACCCAGUGAUCUACACACUUAGGAAUAAAGAGAUGAAGGUGGCCAUGAGAAGACUAUGCAGUCAGUUUAUUAAUUACAGUAAAAUUUCUUAAAUACAAUGAAGAUAUAAAAG